AUGGCUAAACCUAGUCUUGAAGGCCUACCAGCUGAGCUGCUGAUUGUCAUUCUGUCACAGAUCUCAGAGUUGGAUGAUCUCAAAUCCAUCGUACUGUCAUCACCAGUAUGUCACAGAGCAUAUGUCAUGGUUCGACAGGAUGUUCUUCACAAUAUUCUCAGGAGAGGUUACGGAGAAUUCCUGGACCUAUCCGAGGCAAUUACUGCAAUCAGGUCAAAAGGCCUCUUGCUUGAACACCACGAAGAAGAGGCCAUUGGUUUACUGGACCGCUGGCGUCGGAGGGAGGAAAUUCGACAAUAUUCUCCAACAUUAGCAGCUCGACUAUACCAACCUGGUGACCUGGAGGAAACCAUCAAUGUAUUACAACUACUCAAAAAGCUACAAUUCUUCUACGAGGACUACACGAUAAAUCUACCGCGACCCCCAUGGAUCGACCCUGCUCAGUGGAAACGAGAAGUACCCCUCAAAAUGUCCGAUAAUGAAAAGUGUCGCUUUAUGAGAGCAUUAUGUCGGCUACAAAUGUACGCCAACAUCCUUGGGCCUCCCGAAAUGAGCGGACAGUGGCGUGAACGUGAGGGUCAGGUCCUAUUCGAUAAUUAUGUCACCGACGAGAAACACUAUCGGCUAUUUUUGGGGGUCUUGCCCCCUUGGGAAGUUCAUGAAAUGGGAUGUGUAUGGUCAUAUCUCAUGUCCAAAUACAAUCCAGUCUUUGAGAAGAUCUCCGACGGAUUGCGCGAAGCCAUGAAAAAUGAACCCAGCCGGUUUUUCUGGGAUGUCCUGCCCGACGACGAGUGUCCACCACCCGCGAUAAUUGACACUGUUGCGGACCUCCGACUGCUUCCCACUUAUACAGAAGUAUUAGCCUCCCUGGGACCCGAUUUCCUCUACCGUGUUCUACACACGACUUCAAUACCACAGCGCAAUAUGGUAAUCGCCAACCUCAAUACCGCUUAUCUUUCUCCUCUUGAUGGCUGGUUUCCAACUUGGGAGGACCGAAUGCCGCUCACAGAUCCGGCGGAUCGACAUUGUGUCCGAAAUUUCGAGCAAUUUUGGUCAACCCUACCGCCUAUUGAUCAACCUAAUCUGGGCUGGCGGAAACUCGGUCUGGUCCCACAUAGCCCUGAACAAGAAUUAGAGGAUGCGCUGAAUACGUACAGUGAUCAAAACCUUGAGAAAGAGUGGCCGUGGGGGUAUGCUCUGUGGGAUGAUGUGAGGCUGAAAAAGUGGGAGGCGCCUUUAUUGCGAGAUGGAAGAGGUGAUGCUCCUCUUUUGCUUCUCCCUGCUCCUUAA